UUGACUUUUACCUGAAUCGGUACACCUUCGCAUAUGGCGUCAGCUGGAUACUGGUUCGAAUCUCCUUGGGUGCACACUGCACACUUGUUCUCCUGACUUGGAUAUUUUCCCAUGGACACAAUGUGUGUCAGUCCUGAGAACACCUCUUGGAGUCGAUCCUAGAAAGAACCUUGUGACACUUCCAUCGAAUUACCCAUCCUGGCCACAAGAGGUUCCCAGUUGAGGGUAAAUUCUGUGGGUGGAGAGUGUUAAGGAGGACCCGAUUCGCAGGGUAUCCGUCGAUUGACUUUUACCUGAAUCGGUACACCUUCGCACAACCCCGUGGUGCCUAUGGGCCGCCCAUGGGCAUCACUUGGGCGGCCAUUGGGUGCUUUUCAACCGGAACCAGUGCUGCGAGGUUACCUACUAGACCACCGGGGCGACCGGCAGGAGGCGGAAGAGUCCGCGAAGCGCCAGCGCGCGAGGGAAGCAGAAGCAGAGAGUACGGACAUCUCAGAACCGAAGAGAAAGAGAAUCGGGGAAGCGGCGGCGGGGGGAAAAAACGGCGACCGGGCACUGCUGUAGAAGCGAGUAGGGCGACCGAGGCAGCACUUGUGGCGAACUAUGUACAUGGCUGAUGUUGUUGCGUUGCGCCUGUUUCCCUCCCUGCUGUAUGCAAUACUCCUCUAUGUAUGUCCUUUGUAUUGCCUUCGGCCUCUGUGCUGUGUUUCUUUUUUUCAUGACCUCCCUGCCUACUCUGCUGUGUUGGGUACGUUGGCCUCGCUUUUGCUGUUGCCUUUGUUUUUGUACGUCUGGCUGUCUGCCCAUCUGCAGCCUCUUUGUCCUGUUUGCUCCAUUCCUCCCAUGCCCUGGUGCGUAGUGCCUGGUGCUGGUACGUUACCCUUUGAUUUUUUCUUUGGGCGGGUGUGGGAAGCGUCCUCCUAUAUUUUUGUUUUUGUUUUAUUUUGAUCGGUUUCCGAGGGCUCUUUUCUCGAACGGUCGGUGCGAUACCUGUUCUUUUCUAUCAUUUUUAUUAUUUCAAUAUAUU